AUGCCUGUUGAAAAUGAUAUUUUUUCAAAUAAAACUUCCCUUAAAAAUAUAAAUAAAAAUUUUGUCGAUCUAAUUAAUGUAAUUCAAUCAGUUUAUGAAUCGGUAUUACUAUGUUCUAAAGAAUCAUUUGAAAUAAAGGAAAUAUCAUUUGAAUAUUUACAAGAAUUUAAUGGAUCAAAUCAAAAUCAACAAAUUGAUUUAUUAUCAAUGAUAAAAGAUUUUGAAAAAUUAUGUUUAUUUUUGUCAUUCAAUCCAAUGUCUUACGAAUGUCACUAUUUUAUUGAAGAACUUUAUCAAUUAGCAUUACAUUCAUUAACAGUUAAACAACAUUUAACAUAUUAUUGUGAAGAUAUUCUAUUAAAAUUAUGUAUUUGUUAUGAUGAUGAUCUUCGAUUUGCUUCGUUGAAAAUUAUAAGUUUAUUGAUGAAUGAAAGUCAACCAGUGACAAAAGAGAAAAUUCUUUAUUUAAACCGAAUAUGUUAUGAAUGUCUUUAUGACUUUGAUAUUUAUUAUGAUUAUAUUAAAUCUUGUUCAAUCGAAUCAAGAAUUAUUCAUUUAACAAAACAAGAUUUCAAUGAUUUAAUCAAUAGACAAUGUAUUCGAAAAGAUUUAGAACAUGAAAUAGUUGAAUCGAUUGAAGAAUUAGGCGGUGAUGUUUUCAUUAAAAUGCAUAGAAGCCCAAAAGAUGCUUAUCAAAAUCUAUGUAAAGAAAUUAAUAAUGAUUGGAAUCGAUAUUGGAAUUUAAAACCACACGAAGAUCCUCAAUUAUAUUUUAUGAAAAUUCAAAAUAUUUCUCAAUUAACGUUACUUUUUAAAACAAGUGACCGUCUUCGAGAAGAUUUUCAACAAAUAUCUUCUGAUGGAAAAUUAAUUUUGCGAAAAUGGAUUCAUCAGAUCCCUAAUGAAUAUCGAUGUUUUAUAUGUAAUAGACAAUUAAACGCGCUUUCAGCAUAUAAAUUAAAUCCAUAUUCAAUCAGCGAUGAAAAGCAAUUAGAAGAUUUUAUUAAUUCAAAAUCUUUUCAAGAUAUUAUUUUAAACAUUCCAUAUAGUCAUGCAGUUAUUGAUUGUUUAAUAGAUUCAAUUAAUUAUCAAGUAACUAUUAUCGAAAUAAAUCCAUUUAGUAAAAGAUCAUCAUCAGCGAAAUUUUCAUGGAUCAUUGAUAAAAAUACGUUGUACAAUAAUUAUCUAAUGAAUCAAUCUGUUUUUAUUAAAUUAUAA